AAAAAAAAAAAAAAAAGAAUAGUAAUGUGUAUUUACUCUUUUAAGUUGUCAUGCAUACUGCGGGUAUUCAAUUUGAUGUUAUUCAUUCCGAAGACUUCUCAACCAACGAAUUAGUGCGCGUGUUCUAUUGAAGAUGGACAGUGGUCAGUUUUAAAAAAUAACGCAACAGCCAACACUCUCAGUCACAAACAGUAGUUACCUAAUUCGUUCCUAUCCUUCUUGUUCUCUUUUCUUUUCUCUUUUUUCUUUUUCUUUACAAGGCAAAGCAAGAGACCUUUAUUAUUUCUCUACAUUCUUAUCAUGAAGUUUGGCAAACAAAUACAAAGCCAACAGUUUACAGAAUGGAGUCCUUACUACUUGGAUUACAAAGGCCUGAAAAAGUUCAUUAGCUCAUUACUCAACACACCAGCAGACAGUUUGAAAGCGCUGGGACUACCACCUAUUGGACUUGAAGAGGAUCGUGCCAAACUACUUCAGUCUCAAAAAGCUGCUUUCUUCUUUAAACUAGAACGCGAGCUGGAAAAGAUCAAUUCAUUUUACCUUCAGAAGGAGAAUGAACUUAAAGUUAGACUAAGAACCCUUAUUGACAAGAAAAAAGUACUCCAGUCUGAUAUUCGUCGACUUAAACACGCUUCUACUUUAUUUAAAGCAAUUCAAGAAGCAUUUAUUCAAUUUGAACAAGAAUUGACAAAGAUUCAAAAAUAUGUCGAAUUAAACAAUGAAGGGUUCCGCAAAAUCCUAAAGAAAUGGGACAAACGAUCCAAAUCAUCCACCAAAGAACUCUAUCUUUCUCGCCAAAUUGAUAUUCAGCCAUGUUUUAAUACGCAAAUAUUAUGUGAAUUAUCAGACAUGGCAUCAGCAAACCGUAUUGAACUUUCCAAUAUUCAAGAAGGCAUUCCUAUCAGUCCUGUCUCAUCCAUCAACAAUGAUACAAAUGCUUUCACAGGUGACGAAAUAGACGAUGUCGAAAUUGAUCUUGUCAAAGCUGUCUCUAGUGGACAAGCAUCCCUUGUCAAGGAAAUCUUGGAUAGAAUUAUGCAGAAUCCCUCAGCUGAAGAUCAUGGCCGACUGACACGCGUCUUUUGGCAUGCUUGUUCUGAAGCACCUCGGGAAGUGAUUGACAUGUUGAUUGAGACACAGCUGGUCAACUAUCAAUAUGUGGACGACAUUAUUGAACGUUCUAGUCUUCAUGUAGCUGCCAUGAACGGCAGAGUCGAUGUGAUGGAGAUAUGCACAAAGCAUGGAGCCAAUGUUGAAUGUACAGAUGCUUAUGGCAGAACAGCGCUCCAUUAUGCUACUAUGAAUGGAUUCAGUGAUUGUGUUUCUUUUCUCUUGACUUGUCAUGUUGAUAUUGAGUGCAGAGACCAUGAUGGAUUCAGUCCUUUGAUUUAUGCUAUCAUGAAUGGACAUACGAACUGUGUUGAAAUCUUGAUUCAAGCCAAUGCGAAUAUUGAACCUCGUCAUCAAGGAGAUCAUAUUCCAUUAUCCCUUGCCUGUCAUUUUGGCCAUACUGAUAUUGCACUGAUGCUCUAUAACCAAGGUGCUAAAAACCUACCUAAUGCCGAAUCCCUUUACCCUUUGCAUCUUGCUGCUCGACAAGGCCAUGAAGAGCUUUGCCGCGUACUCUCACAAAAUAGCCAGGAUAUCGACACACCAGAUAAAUACAAUACCUGGACUCCACUCUUUUGGGCUGCUAAUGAUGGCCAUGUAGGAUGUGUUCGUAUCUUGAUCAACGCAGGCUGCAAAAUCAAUGCAAAGGACGAGAAGGGCAAAACAGCCUUAUAUUAUGCAGCCUGGGAAGGUCAUAUGGAUUGUGUGCAGUUGCUGCUGGAUGCUGGUUGUGAAGUAGAGCCAGUCACUGAGAUUCUUUCAGCAUCAGCUUCUCAAAGCCCGCAUUCAGCUGCGCCAGUGACCACGACAGAGAGCGGCGACAUGACUGAUAUAGAGGGUGAAUUGGAUGCCAUUCCUUCCUUGUCUUUACCUCCUCCUAUUAUUCCCUUCAGGAUUUAUGGUCACAAUUAUCUUGAUAAAAAGCAUCAAAUUCAAAUCAGUCUUCGUCAACCACCAAUUCGAUUGUACGACAAUGCACAAAUCUCUUCAUUACGACUCAUUAUUUCUUCUAAACCAGACACAGGCAUGAUUCCCCAUAGCGUUAUUCUGCCCUUGGUCGAUGACCGCGAAGUGUUUAACUUCCAAGUAGACAAGUUGGAUGAUUUUCUUUUGGAGUUUGAUAUUUUGGCUACUUUCGGUUCCAAGGUGCUUGGCCGUGGUGUCGCUUUGCCUCAAUCGUUUUCUUUGGUCGAUUUCAAGAUUUCUGAAGGACACCGUACUAUUCCUUUAUUAGAUAGUCAUCUAAAAGCCAUUGGAGAGCUAUCCUAUGAUUACUCUGUCAUCAAUCCUUUUUGUGGUGUUCAACUAGAAAUUGGCGGUCGCAUUGAAACCUAUUGGAAAUCAACCAACACUGUCUUGCCUCCCACACAGUCCUCGCCUUCUGCUCAAGAUAACCAUGAAGGCAUCUCACAACCUAAUGGUGCUCCUACAAACUUACUCUCGUCCAAUGUACCCUCUUUUAUUACUGCAUCUUCUUUAUCGGGUGACUAUGUUCGUGUUGUGAUUCAGUUGACAAAAGAUUUAGUGCCUGUAGUUUUUGCUAAUUGGAUGGUACCUUUCCAAGGCUUAGACCUUGCUGUGUCUGACCUGACAUUGCAGCAAUUUCUUCGCAUUGGAGAAGCAUUACUUAAAGACAAUCAACCGAGUCCAUCCGCCAGUAUAGACGAUAUUUGUCCUAUUACAGGUAACAGCUUUAUGUUACAAAAACUGAACAACUACACAUCUUUUCUUUCACUGGAACAAGUCUUGGAAAAACUCCCUUUGACGAUGGGACUUCAUCUUGAAUUAAAAUACCCCUCACCAAGUGAUCAAACCUUGUACUCAUUCACCAACAUUACAGAUCGAAAUGCGUUUGUUGAUACUAUUCUUCAAUGCAUUUAUGACCAUGUUCGUUCACUUCCUCCUGAUACCACUAGUCGUAGUUUAUUCUUUUCGUCUUAUAAUCCAGCUAUUUGUAUGGUCGUCAAUUGGAAACAGCCUAAUUAUGCUGUCUUUUUCAGUACAUAUUGCGGGAUCAAUAUGUACAGAGGAGCUAAACGGCGUAUAGAACAAGAAGAAGACUUAGCCAUACAAACAAUAAAUAAACAUCAAGAUGUGAGAUGUUCUUCAUUAAAAGAAGCUGUCAAGUUUGCCAAACAGAACAAUCUUUUAGGUGUCAUUUGUGGUGCACAAACACUAGUUCAAGUUCCUUCUCUGAUCAAGACAGCUAAAGAAAGUGGCCUUAUUCUUGUGACAUCUGGUAAAGUCAAUUCUGAUCCUCGAUACCGUUAUAUUCAAGAACGCUAUGGUGUGGAUGCCAUGAUGAUUAGUCAAGUUGUUCAUUUCAAUACUUCCAUGGCUGGUGCUGGAUUUUAGUGAAUAAAUAUUUAUCUUUUUUUUUCUUUUUGUAUUCUUUUC